UAUCUCUUCCCGCCUUGCCUCUUAUCAGUCGGUGCAACAACAGACUUUCGUUGCAGGCAGUGCCGAGCCGGCCACUGGGAUCCGGCCCAACGAGAACAAGAGAGAAAUCAAAUCAAACCACAGACGGUUUCUCAUCGCUGCCAUCGGCGAAAUAAACUCAUCCCUCUUGCCCAUCAGCCGCUGAUUCCUCGCUCUUCCGCAAAGCAUGGCGACGCCCACCGUUUCUCGUCCCUCCAGUCCCGCGCCCUCUCAACUGCCUCCCAUGCCAGAGUCUCCCGUCUAUUCUCUCGCCUCAACCGCCCUCCCGCUCUCUCAGUACAACCUGCCGCUGCCGCCACCGCCGCGCCCGCUGCACUCUGUCAUAACAAAGGCAGAUCUCGAGCGGUCGCAGGAGGCGUAUGCGGACCUCUUGACCUCGGCCAAGGCCUAUAGGGUUGCUCUCGCUGCUCUCUCCACGGCCGCCUCCACCUUUGGCUCUGCGCUGGAAGCAUGUGCGAGGCUCAAGGAGGCUCGCUCCGAGCCCAUUGGCCCCGCCGGCACCGCCAACAUGACGGCCAGCUUCACCACAAAGGGCCAAUGCACCGCCGACACCCUCAUGUCGGCGUCGGGCGUGCAUCAUCUGAUUGCCAACCACCAGCAGAUCCUGUCCGAGACGGUCUACCGCUCCUUCGAGGUGCCUCUCUUACACGAGCUCGACAAGUGGCAAACCGUCAUUGGCGACGAGGAGGAGACGUAUCAGCACAACAUCAAGGCCCAGAGCAGAGAGGUUAAGCGCCUGGAGAAGGAGGGCCUGAAGCUGCACAAGCAGAGACGCAGGGAUGUGGCGCGCUUCAGAGCCCAUCUUGUCGAGCUGACCUACAAGCUCGACGGGCUCACCAGCCUGCAUGCAGACCAUGCAAGGACGCUGUUGAGAGAGAGCCAAGAGACGAGCGGGCGGAUAGUCGACGCGAGCUGCAGCCUUGUGCGAGCCGAGGUGGACAUAUUCGAGAGCUUGGCCAGGAAAGGCUGGAGCGGCGGUGGCUUGGACGACGUCUUGGAAAAGGGCCAAGACUUGUUCGCCAUUGAGGAUGACCCUUUCCAUGGUGCUGGCACGAGCGGCGGCGAGGGGGUUAAGCUCUUCUCUAUCCUGCCGCCCAAGAGCAUCUUGGCCGACACGGCGUCCGAGCCAAGAAGCGAGAGCUUGUUGGCUGACGGGGAACGAUACCAGUCGCUUGCCGCCACGGCCGCAGAUGCUAAGCCACAAAGUGCUGAUUCCGAGAGCGUCUUCUCGGUUGACUUUAACAAGCCGCGGAAUGCUCGCCCUUUUUCGCCACAGCCGAUUCGGCGGGCACCUACAGAUGUGACGUUUGACUUGUUGGAUAAUCUUGUAGCAUCGCCGUCUCUUAGCCUACAAGAUGGCUUGUUUCCAUCGUUGAGCGAGAGAAUCGGGGAAGAAGAGGAAGAUGAAGAUGAAGAAGGGGAGCAAGAAAGAAGAGGAGAAGAGGAACAUCAUGGUUUCGAUUAUGUUGACCACAGUCGUAACGAGGACAGUCAUAGCAACGGAGAACCUUCUUCUGAGGAAGUGAGGGAACAGACGCUCUCAGAUGAUGAUAGCGGGGAGCUCACCGAACGAGAAACUAGGCGUGAACAUGAGGAAGAAGAAGAUGAUGAUGACGAAGAUAGCCAUGGCGAGCAAGAAGAAGAGGACAGGCUGAGGCUGCUGAACCAUGACUACUGAUAAGAUUCAAAUUCCGUGACCAGCGGCAUAGGAGAGGCAUCUUUGACAUGUAUGGAUCUCCUCUUUUCUUCUUCUUCUUCUUCUUCUUCUUCUUCUUCCUCUCUUCUUUUUUCCUUGUGUCACAAGCAUUGUUUGGUGUUUGGCUCUCUUGAUCCAGCGAUAUGACUGAAUGGCUUUACGAAAUGAUUUACCAGAUUGUCUUUUUUUUCUUUUCUUUC